AUGGAGUCGUCAUUCAGCCGGCAGGAAGCUGAAGAACGUCGUCAGGCCGAAAUUCGCAGACAGAUUGCAAAGCUUCAGGCAGAGCUCGCGGACCCUUCUGCGGCCAGCCAGUCUUCGUCUUCCUACGGGGCAGGAGGGAGUGGCGAUCUGAAUGGGUCCCCCAAGCGUAAAAAGAUGGAAGGAAAUUUGUUGGUCCCCAGGAGUCCCUCUCCAAAAAAACGAAAAGUUGACGACAGAAGUACGAAGGCUCCGAGUAGGACUUCAUCGAGUGCGUCUCGAACAGAGUCACGAACGACUUCACAGACUCAGCCGCCCACCCGCCACAACACCUAUUCCUCACGAACUCCCUCCUCGCGAACCCCUUCCAACUCGUCGGUACCACCAAAACCGACCCCUUCAAAUCUCCUCAACAAGCUCUCUCAACUGAGUGGCCAGUCACAAAAGGUCGACCCAGCUGAGGUACUCGAGCGAUCCACAGCUUUCAAUGCCAGGCCUGCCGAAAUACCCGCGGAUAUACCUGUGAAGCCGACGCGAGGCGAAGACCUUACUGUGAUUGAAGACCUCGAACCCGGUCCCGUGGAGCACAAACCACCGUUUGACGACCCUCUCUUCGAACGUCUUGAACCUAAUUCGGGCAUACAUUUAUCUUCAAGAGAGCUGCCUCACGAGGAUCUUCAGGAAUACCUGAGUGGUCGCUACUACCUUUCACCUUCGAAACUUUACUCCGUCGUCCGCCUUCUACCCAACAAUCAGGGCUACGACGUCCCUGUCGCAGGAGACUUCGUCACCAUAGGCGUCGUCGCUGAACGCGGACCGAUCAAAUAUUCUCGCGCACCCGUAGCACUCAACCGUUCGGAGGACCACGAUGACAAUUCGGACGACGAACAACCGGCGGAUCCGAGCGACAAAUCCAAGAGUACGUUCAGAGACAAGAAGAAGAACCAAGCGGAGGAAGGACCGCGCAAACCCUCCGGGCGCAAAUUCGUCAACCUCAAGCUCAUCGAUUUCGGUGCACGUUCAAAGGGCUCCGCGACUGGGGGCAAAUCCGUAAUCCGCGGGGACGCGUUCCUUUCGCUUUUGUUGUUCGAGUCGGAGAGUUACGAUGUGAUCGAGAAGGAUGAUGGAGGGAAAGAGAAGGUUUAUAAGGGGGGAAGUAAAGGUGCAUUUGAGGCGAUGGCAAAGUUGAGGGAGGGCAGCGUCGUGGCGCUAUUGAACCCUAGAGUUUUGAAGCCGUUCCAGCGUUCAACAGACAUCCCACAUCCUGUAACCAACAUCCUCGCUGUCACUCCUGAAUCAGCGUCGUCCAUAGCGAUAAUUGGCCGUGCGCGGGAUUUGGGGAUGUGUACCAUCCAACGGCGAGACGGCAAGGUCUGCGGUAGUUGGUACGACAAGCGCGUGAGCCAAGUCUGUGAAUACCAUGUCCAGAACGCCGUACAGCAGCGUAGGGCUGGACGCGCAGAAUUUGCCAUGGGAACCUCAGGCAUGUCUGCUACCGCUAUCAAACGUAAACCCGACUACGACCCUAUGCGCAAAUACGGCCUCCUCCCGGACCCCUCCAAACCUUCCAUGACCGAUGGUGGUGAUGCCACCUACGUCGUGUCAGGGCAUGUCGUUUCCAGCGGGAAAGCGACCAGCGGGAUGUUUAUGGGCGAGAAGGUUGGGAGGGAGGCUCAGUCGAAGGCGCAGAGACAGGCCAAGGAGAGGGCUACCGAGAAGUCGUUGCAAAAGUUGCUGGACAGGGAUAGAGAGGGGAUGUCGGUAGUCAGGAAGGCGAGAGAGGUCGCGCUGAAGAUCAGGGAGGAGAAAGGCGAUGGGAAGUCGGAGAAGAAGGGGGGCCAAAAGGGGAAGCCUGCUCCAAAGGAGAACGAGAACGGGAAGACGAGUAGCAAAAGGAAGAGUCGCGAUGGAGAGGAUGCGGAAGAUGGGCUUGAGCACGACACCGAGCAGAAUCGACCUCAGAGGAGUGCGUAUUCGGCGGAGAUCAUCAGGAGGCUUGGGUUCGAUCCGACGCUGAAACCUGGUGAGCGGCGACAAGAGUCUGACAUGUCGAGUCAGCUCCGUGAACUUGCGGCCAAGCGAGCUUCCAAGGAGAUCGACCUCGGUCGUAGGCCCGGUAAACGAAUACGUUCCGUGGUUGCCCCAUCUUCCGCCACUAAAGCCACCACUGUACCACAAGCGAAACUUGUGGACCUCAAUGAUGAUGACGACGACGAAGAGCUAGAGGAGCAGGAGAAGGCCGUGUUUGGUAAGGUGUUGAAUGGUGAUAGGAAAGGUAUGGUCAGUCUGGAUUCGGACAGUGACUCGGAUGAUGAUCUGGUGGUAGUGCCACCGGUGCCAGUGGAUGCUGCAUGA